AUGGAAAUUACGAAAAUUCUUGCAGAAGCCCAGGAUCUAUGGAUGAAACUCAAUCUCCGAGUGGCGAUCCUUGCGAGCCUAGCUCUUCAAGCCUUCCUCAUCUUUUUUGCGCCCAUUCGAAAGAGGCGGUCAAAAUGGUGGAUCACGACUCCCUUGUGGUCAGCUUACUUGAUUGCCGACUCGGUCGCCCUCUAUGCCUUUGGACUCAUUUCCAAAGCUCAAAUCCAUGGGGGUACUUCAGACUCCCCGAUUGAUGCAUCUGGUCACCUUUUGGCUUUUUGGGCUCCAUUUCUUCUGCUACACCUGGGAGGACCAUACACCAUAACCGCUUUCGCGCUCGAGGAUAAUGAGCUGUGGGGUAGGCACUUGCUUAAUCUUUUCAUCCAUCUAUUCUCUGCAUGCUAUGUGUUUUACCAAUCCCUCCCCGGUAACAAGCUAAUUGUCCCAUCCAUCCUCAUGUUCAUUGGAGGAAGCAUUAAAUAUAUAGCGCGAACACGUGCUCUGUAUCUUGCAAACUUCCGUAUACUCCGUGGUUCCUUGCUCCCAUCUCCUGAUCCUGGGCUGAACCACGCCAAGAUCAUGGAAGGAUGUGUUGCUCAGGAGGAAGCUAAUAGCCAACCUUUAAUAGCCUCGUUGCCGUCCAGUGAUGUAGGAGUGGAAGGUGAAAAAUUUUUGGACGACAGAACAGUGAUAAAGGAGGCGUUUUUUUACUUCAAAAAGUUCAAAGGCCUCCUUGUGGAUCUCAUCUUCAGCUUCCAAGAUCGCAACGAGAGCAUGCGAUUUUUCAGAAGUAGAACUGCAAAGGAUGCUUUUCGGGUCAUUGAGGUUGAGCUCAACUUCUUUUAUGAUCUUCUUUAUACCAAGUCUGGCAUCGUUCACUGUCCAUCAGGGUACAUUUACCGAGCUAUCUCAGUUAUUUGCAUUGUUGCUGCUUUUGCAAGUUUCUAUUUCCUGAACAAGCAUGGUUUUCACAAAUAUGAUGUACAGAUUACAUACGCCUUGCUCCUUGGAGCUAUUGGCUUGGAAUUUGCAAUCCUUGGUAUGAUCCUUUGCUCGGACUGGACAAUUGCAAAAAUAGAGACAUCUGAGAAACAUCAUGGAAGUUUGUUUCAAGGAAGCAACUUCAUAGAGUUCCUCCUCAAAUUCAAAUCUGAAAGUUCGCCAUUUGCAUUGCAUAUACUAAGUGCUAGAUGGUCUAAAUCUGUCUCCCAGUACAAUUUGAUAGAUUCUCGACUGAGAAGGUGGCCAAAAUGGUUUGAGAAACUGAUAGAUGCUCGGUUGAGAAAGUGGCCAAAAUGGAUUGAGGAACCCCUUAGUCUCAUCCCUCUGAGAGAAUUUUUUGAUGACUUGAAGUCUGGACGGGAAGAACCAUACAACGACAAAUUAGGUGAGCUGAUUUUUGAUGAGCUAAAACGGAAGGCAUCAAUUGCAAAUGAUUUGCAAAGCAUAAAAGAGAUGUGUGCUACUCGAGGUAAAUGGGCUCUGGAGCAUACUAAAACGGAGGUAGAUUGUGAAAUCUUGCUUCCAUUUAUCUGCGAUGUUGAUUAUGAUGAGAGCCUUUUACUAUGGCACAUUGCCACUGAACUCUGUUACAUAACGGACACUAAAACUUAUGAAAGUACAAACCACCAACGAGAAACCAGUAAGGUCUUGUCAGAUUACAUGCUUUAUCUUAUGAUCAAACAACCCGGCAUGAUGUCUGUAGUGGCUGGGAUUGGCCAAAUAAGAUUCCAAGACACUUGUGCUGAGAUGGACAGGUUCUUUGAGGAAAAACUCUCUGAUGAGAACAAAACGAACCAACAUGCCUGCCAAAGUCUCCUUUCUAUUCCUACAGAAAUGAAGCCUGCUGAUGUGAAAGGAGACAAAAGCAAAUCUGCGCUGUUUGAUGCGUGUAUUCUCGCAAAAGAGUUGGAAAAAUUUGGGGAGACCAGAUGGGAGAUCCUGAAUGAAGUAUGGUUGGAAUUGUUGGCGUAUGCUGCAAUCCAUUGCCAACCAAACAUGCAUGCUCAACAACUUAGCAAAGGAGGAGAACUUGUCACCUUGGUUUGGUUAUUGAUGGUACAUCUUGGCUUGAGCAAACAAUUCCAAGUAGAAGGGGGCACCAUGGAUACUUCAGUGGAGUGA